AUGAAAAGGUAUAUUGUGUAUCUGUACCAAUACAAGGUCCGACUCAAGUUCAUCAGAUAGAUCCUCCAAGAAAAAAGCCAAAAGAGAGCAUCGAAAGAAUUCAAGUUCAUCGAGCAGCUCAAGAAGAGACAAGAAGAAGAAACAGAAAAAAGAGAAGAAAGAGAAGAAGGAAAAGAUUUCAUAAAGUAAUUCGAACUUUGUGAAUUUAGAUAUUGUGGCAUCAUAAAAAACUUAAAGAUCAAGAUCUAGAUCUAAGUCGAAAUCAAAGAUGACCCAAACAUAAUAAAAAAAGGAAGGGGUCAUAUGAAUAGUUACCUUUUUGGUUGGAAGAAUGAAGAUUUUAGUUAAGCUAAUUCCUAUUUGAAAAAAAUUGAUUACAGUAUUAGGAAAAAAAACUAACCACCUCCAACAAAUAAACCUUAAGAACAGGGAUAAACAACAAAUGAUGUGAAUGUUAAUUUAGAGAAAAAAGCAGAUGAUUAAUAAGUGGAAAGAAGAAACUAUAAUUAAGGAAACUAUCGUAGAUUUAACAAUUCUUAAAAUAGAAGAUUCGAUAAAAGAGAUAGGCGUGAUUAUGAUAGAAGCCAAAAGAAUGAUAGGAAUGAUAGAAACGACAGGAAUGAUAGGAAUGAUAAAAAUGAAAAAAAUGACAGAAAUGAUAGGAAUGAUAGAAAUGAUAGGAAUGAAAGGAAUGAUAGGAAUGAAAGGAAUGAUAAAAAUGAUAAAUAUGAAAGAAAUGAAAGAAAUGACAGAAAUGAUAGAAACGAAAGAAAUGAUAAAGGUGACAGGAAUGAUAGAAACAACAGUUUCAAUAGAGAUAGAUAUAGAAAUAGAUUCAAUGAUAGAGAUAGAAAUAAUAGAGAUAGAGAUCAAAAAGGAGAUGAUAGAAAUUAGAGAAACAAUUAAUAUCAUUCUAAAUGGAUUCACGAUUAGUAUGAAAAGAAUAAAGAUUAAAGUCCAAAUAACAACCAAGUUAAACCUAGAGGAUCCCCAAUCUACAAAUGAGUAAGAUAAAUAUGCAUAUAUAUUUUAUAAAUA